AUGUUUAAAGCCCUCAUGGGCGGGGGCAACCGGUCGUCCUCCGACGUCCGAAGCACCACCAGCUCCAGCUCCAGAUCCAGCCGUCGCAAGACCGAUUCCAAGUCCACACAUAGCCGCAAAUCCUCACGGGGUGACGACCGUGAUCGCGGCUUGGGUGACUUGGUUGUCUAUGAGCCCUCUGCCUCGGGGAGCCGCCGUGCUCCAAGCACCGCUGGUGAUUCUGUCGCUUCCUUCGUAACCGCCGAACCAGAGUCCUACGAUUCCCCCGAUCGCAUCAUCGAGCGCACCCCCAAACGCAGAGACAGUGAUCGAGAGAGCAAGAGCUCUCGUCGCCGCGACCGCGACCGAUCUGAGAGUCGCGACCGUGACCGUGAGCGUGAAAAGAGAAAAAGCCGCCGUGCGAUCGAUGACGAGUUGGAUCGCGAGGACCGCCGUGAGCGCCGGCGCACACACUCCGGAGAUCCCUAUAUGCCAUCUAGUGCCCCCGGCGCUCAGUUUGCCGCCGAUGUGGCAGCGCCUGGCUUUUCGCAAUUUCCCGGCCAAUACGACAGUGGAAUGCCGCCGGCGGCCUUCUCUCCCGCCCACGAAUCUACUCCAUCGCCGUAUGACCCUCAUGUACAACAGCAAUUCCCUGGCCAAUUCCCCACCGGCACUGCACAGCCAUAUAUGCCCCCAAAUCCCGCCGGUGCAGCCGCAGAUUAUUAUGGCGACCAGGGUCAGUCCGUCGAGCAGCAACCUGGCAUCCGGCCGCCUGAUCCUCUGGUAAUCCCCGCCCACCAAGCACACUUGCAAGCCGCGUCUCCUACUUCCAACCCCCCGCCAGAGCCUAGCAGUGUCGGUGCAGUUGGUGCGGCCGCCUCUUAUUUCGAUGACGAGGGUCCCGUCGUGUCUCAAGGCGUUCCUUCAAAACCCUCGAAACCCUCCAAACCGAGCAAGCCUUCUGCCAGCGCGGUCCCCGCAGCAGCGCUAGCAGCCACCGCGGGAGCUGCGACCUACGGAUUGGGACAUACCUCCUCAUCUUACGAAGAUACCCAGUCCCAGCAUUCCACCUCUGCCUAUCAUCAAUCAACUUCGUACUCGCAGCCGGCUGCCACUAGUACCAGCAAGCCGCCAAAGCCUUCUACAUAUGGUAUUGGCCCUGGAGUUGGAGUCGCAGCAGCAGGCGCAGCGGCAGGAUAUAUGCUCGGCCAUCAGCAUCACUCUUCAAGCCCAGAGAGCGCGUCUCAAUAUGCUCAUCAGCAUCAGCAUCAGCAUCAGCAUCAAAAUCAGUACCAGCACUACGAGGAAUCCUCACAGACUGGUCUGCCCCCGUAUGCUUCCGGCUCUCAUAAUGCCAUGAUGGCAACGGGAGCUGCAGGCGCAGCAGCUUAUGCUGCUCAGGCUGGUCAUUCUCAUUCUCAUUCGCACCCAAUCGCAUACCGCCCUGGAUACUAUCCCUACGCCCCGGGUGGUCUUGCCUAUCAGCAGCGCCAGCGGGGUCCUCUUUCAAAGUUUGUGGACUUCUGGCGCGAUCCGGAAGCUGUGGGACGGUUCGAAGAUUACACCGAAACCAUCGGCGUGUGCAAGUACUGCUUUGAUCCUCAUACUAGUUCAGUUGAUGCGCCGCGCAAACAUCACUAUGAUCGGCGUCGACGCUCUGCCGAUCGCUACAGCACCAGCAGUUCUUCCCGAGUGAGCAAACUCAGUCGAUACCAUUCUUCGGAAGAUGAAAGCCGGCGCAAGCGAUCGAGCAAGAAGUCGUCCUCGUGGUUGCCGGGCAUGCUGGCUGGUUAUGCCACAAAGUCAAUCUUUGCUGGAAAGGAUUUUGACGACUCCUAUAGUGUUCGCUCUGGGCGUAUGGAUGGCGACCGUGUCUCCCACGAUCGUGAUGAUGUCUCAAACUCCGACCGCAGAAGCUAUACUUCACGUGGUGUUGUCCGCCGGUCCGAACGCAGCCCACAGCGAGAGUACCACUCAGACAGCAAGCAUUCUCGGAGGACCCGUUCUCGUUCGCGAUCUUCCUCCCGAUCUGGCCGUCAUUCGUUUGUCAAGAAGGCUGCCUUAGGUGCCGCUGUCGGUGGUGCCGCUCUCGCUGUCGCGAAACACCACAACCGAAGCCGCAGCCGCUCUCCCUCGCGCACUCAACGUCGCAAGGAAUCUUCUUCCGACUCUUCCUUUGUUGACUUUUCUCGACCGGCUCCCAAGUCUGUUGGAGGGUUCACUUCUUUCUUCACAUCCAGUUCUGAAAAUCGCGCGAUAAAUCGAGAGGUGAAGAAGACUAGUAAGAAGAAGAAGACCAAGCGCGGGUUUUUCUCGUUUAAUAGUUCCUCGUCUUCCGAUCUUGAUGCCGACCUCGCUUUCGGAACUGGAUUUUCGAAGAAGUCCAAGUCGAAGAAGGAGAAGAAGAAGGGCAAGAAGAAUGAAGACGUCAACGCAGCACUUCUUGGUUUGGGUGCUACCGCCACUGCUCUUGCUGCUUCAUCUCCGAAUCGUCGCAGUACCGGUCAAAUGCUAGCCGGCAGAGAAUCUCGCUCUCGUCAGUCCCGGUACACUUCGUCUGCAAACGAGGAUGAAGAGUGGAUCGACGCCGAUUCAUCUGAAGACUCCCCAUCGAGCGUUAGUUCUGCCCUGGCUUUCGGUGGUGAUUCUCAUUCCGAUUCUAGUAGCAGUCGCGGAGGCUGGGGCUGGAGAUGGGGAAGCAAGAAAGACAAGAAAAAGAAGGAGAAGAAAUCUGCCGCCAAUGCUGCUAUGGCUGUUGGUGCUGGUGUUCUCGGUAGUGCCGCUAUUGCUUCUGUUGCCCACCAACGCGAUAGUCGUCCAUCUAGCCAGGCGGGUAGCCUGCAGCAGGUUUAUCCUAUGCCCACCUCCGAUCCUUCUCGCUUCGACGUUGCCAGCAUGUCUCCCUCUGUUGUCUCUGGUGGUCAAACUCCUCUCGUCCGUCCUGGGCCGAUCCCUCUUCAGCAGCCACAGCCUGUAACGCCAGUCUCUCAAGCCAUUUACACCUCUCAAGGUACCGUACCAGGCUCUAUUCCCGCUUACAGCGCACCUGUUGUUCCUCCUAUCUUUGCCAAUGAACAUGAUCAGUAUGAUCCUCGAUUCCAAGGCUCUCGGGAUGCUGCCUGGAGUCGGGAAAGUGUCGAUAUUCGCAAACCCCGCCGAAGUGACUCCUCUCCGGUUUUCCCUACCCAAGAGACUGCAUCGAGUCUCAAGCGCCGCUCUACGACUAAAGAUCAAGCCUCUGUUUCAUUCAACCUGACCGACGAGCAGGCAGAGCGCGAACGCCGUCUCAGCCGCCGUGACCAGAGAUCACACGAAGAUUUCCACGACGACCAUUCCGUUCAGUUGGUCGACCACGAAGAGGAGGAAGCUCGGCGAGAGGCAGACCGUCGCGAGCGUCGUCGCAAGGACCGAGAGGAGGAAGAGCGCCGCGAGAGUGAAAAGCACAAGAGCUCUUCCUCUUGGGCCGAAGCAGCUGCCGUUGGAGCUAUUGGCGCUGUUGCGGUCGGUGCCCUUGCCUCGUCUCAUAAGUCUGACAACGCCUCGGAAGUUAGUUCUCAACGCGUUUCCCGUAGUGAGAAGCGCCGAGCUGAAAGAAGACAGCGAGGAGAGGCUGAAUCGUCGAUUGUUUCGAGAUCUGAUAUCACAGAGCCAGUCGAGAGGGUAUCAUCAGUGGAAACCCGUGAUGUGCCAGACAAGCGCUCAUCUCGAAAGACCGCUUCUCCAUCCCCUGUCUAUGAAAACUACGCCAAUUUCUACGCCCCUUCUGAAAUUCGUCACAGUGCAGAUGAACAGAAGACUCGGGAUGUUGCUGAGCAGCCUUCGAUCGUCGAAGUCGUCCCUGCUUCUGUCCGCAAGGCCCGCGGAGAAUUACGCGAUGAAGACAUGUCACGAUUCGGACAAGAACCUUAUGAAAAUCACGAAGGUCUGCCGUGGCCGGUUCCACGACUUAAUUACAUCGAUCCCACCCCCCCCCUGUUAGCCUGA